AUGAUUCCCGAGCAAACUGGCUAUGGUGUUGACCAAGGCGUGAAGCUCCCCAAGAGCGGAAAAGAUGACGCCUGUAUUACAGGUCACAACGAUGAUCAUUGUUGGACUGAGUACUGGUUCGUAGAGUCUGCUGUUGAGUAUUCUAGCUGGCAGAACUCGGGGGCGGCGAUUGACUGCAAGUCGACCUCGUCCUGCAACUCCAAGGUCACCCAGAUUAGACAGAGCUGCACUUCCUACUCUUAUUCUUCCAGCAACGGUAUUGAUUACAAGAUCCUAGAUGGAGCCUUGGAAUUUGCUAUUCCAAACACUGAGGCAAAGGUCAGUUUGGGAUCGAGUAUCAACUAUCAACACACAGACGUGGAUGGUACUACAACCAUGAUUUGCACCACUGAUUCGACGACCAACACCUGCCAGUGGGAGGAUCAGGACUGCCACCAGGUCUGGUUUGCCGAUCGUACAAAGCGAAUUUGGGGCCACAUGGAUCGAGUUUGUGUUGGAAAGACUGACACACAUACAGAGGUUCAGCAGCAAACCCUCAACGCCAAUGGACGCUAUGUUCGCGGCCAGGCCGAGUUCAGCAUUGCCAUUCCUGUCAACCAUAUUGUUGGCUGCAACGCGAAAUGCUCCGACCUGGCGUACAGUGAGCCUAUUCCGUCAGACGGAACUGUCCGCGUACCUUUCGAUAUCACCUUUGAUUAG